AUGCAGACCGAUAUCGAAACUCUGUUACGCUACAAGACACCCCCUCCGGAUCCGCUGGCGUUUGGUAUUAAUAUGUACCUUGCUCGAUUGCCAACAAUUAAGUCAAACGGGAAGUGUAGGAACUGUGGCGGGAUUGUGCCGUGGGCUCGCGAUCGCGCCACUUCGCACAAACGAACCUCUUGUCCAAGCAAUUCAGCUGAAGAUAAGAAGAAGUUCUUCCAGGAAAUUGGUGCUACCAAGAGGGGACAACAGACCGCAAACAACGUCGCAGUUCUUGCUUUCAGUUCCAGCAAAUAUAGUGGAGAUGGGUGUGUGGUUGCAUCUGAGGAGGCAUCUUCUCCUCCUAAGCGGAUCAGAAUUGGCGAUGUUGCGGCUUCGACAUGGAUUGAUUGUCUAUCAAUGGCUGAUCGAGAUGGGAUCACUGCGGCACUAGCUGCACUGAUUUUCAGGACUGGCGUCCCGUUCCGAAUUGUGGAAUCUGGUGCAAUGAGACAUCUUGUCGACAUUAUCCCUCCAUCACGUCCCGUUCAUCCCAAUGCAAAGCAAAUUUCAGGCUCCAUCUUUAACCAGUAG